CCGGGCGGAGGAGGAGGACCGCGCGGCUCCGGAGUAUCCGAGCAGCCGACCGGGGGGAAGAGAGCGAGCGGAACCCCGGCUGACUUUUUUUUUCUUCUCCCGCUCCGUUUCCGCCUCAUGACCUAAUUUCCAGGCCGAAGCUCGAGUCCGAACCUGGGGGGGUCCGGACCGACACGCGAGRUCCCCGAGACGUGUGUUGGAAUAAAAGGCGGGAUUGAAGGCAAGGAAACGACUCGGGAGUGAAGACGACACAGGAUGGAGACGAGGCGGACCGCUCAACGCUGGAGGCCCGUACAAACCGUUAACCAGUAAACAGUAUGACCGGCUGGAUCCCGUUCCUUUUGUCUCGCUGAAAGUGACACCCGCCUCCAGCCCUGGCUGCAGGGCCGACAGAUAUACCCUUGGAGACCCCGACAUCUACCGGAUCCUAAAGAGUCGCGCCAAGGUACAUCCCAACUUCACGAGGGGUCAGCCCCACCCCCCGACCUCGCCCUGCCUGGAGCCCCAGGGACGGGACUCCGUCUUGUUUCACGGACUGAGCCCUACCGACCGUCGAAUGACGAGCGUGCUUUGGAGGGCGGGGCUUGCCUCAGUCUCUCGUGAUUGGCUGCUGGAUGGAAUUGAGGUGAAUGGAACACAUGCCCAAGGAGCAGGACUCUAACCCAUCAGAGGGAGAAGAGAAACAGUGGCUCAAUGGCCCUAAGAGGAAGAGGAAGAAUAGCCAAUGUUCGGUGAAGAGCAUGACUGGGUACAUCCCCAGCUACCUCGAAAAGGAUGAGCCAUGUGUGGUGUGUGGCGACAAGGCCACCGGUUACCACUACCGCUGCAUUACCUGCGAGGGCUGCAAG